GAGGAAAGUCGUUGCCAUUCGACCUCUGCGGGGCCUGCGCGGACGCAGCGAGAACCCUGAAAUUCAUUAUGCGUUUAAAAGCUUUAUUUAUUUCCGCAUAACCUACAUACACUCACCGGGAGGGCCAAAGCGGAGAAAAGGCACGGAGACGGUCCAUCUCUUUCGGAAAAUACAUCGUUUACAAUUACAUUAUUUUUGUCGGCGGAGAAUAGUUGAGAAAGUGAAGAUUCUAAUAUAUAUUUGGAAAAAUGUCCGGUGAGAGAAACCGCAGGUCGUUGGCUUUCCGAGGAGGUGGAUUAGCUGGGUUGACGGGUUCCAGCGGUAGCGGUGGGGGGAACUGUAACAGCUGGGAGGCCCCGGCCUGUCAAGACCGACAUUUUAACGGGAACAGGCCAGAUCAAGAGGAGGACAGGGAUCUGGGGGCAAAGGGACCAUCUCAGAAGAGAGUGGAGGGCACUGGGUCUGUCAGCGACAGCACGGAACCCGAGGCGGAGGAAGAAGAGGACCCGGAAGGGGGCAGCUGGGCAGCCGCGGACGGGGACGAUCGAGUCGGCUCGGUGGAAGGGGAGGACGGUCCCAGGGAGGGAAAUAGCUGGACAGUGGGGAACGGUCCCAACAACGUCGACAGCCAGGAGUCUGGAAGCGGUGCGACGGCAGCGGAGUGCGGAUCCAGGAAAUCUGGAGUGGAGAUGAGACCGCAGACGCUGCUUCAGAAACACUCACUGUUCCACGCUUCGUGGUUGCAAGAAUUUCCAUGGCUCAAAUUUUGCCAAGAAACCGGACUCAUGUCCUGUUGUUGGUGUCACAACAUUGCCACUAAAAACAGCGACGAGCUUGUCAAAGGCAGUCGCAACUACAAACGGGCCUUGCUGCUGAGACAUCACCUGUCUUCUGAGCACGGCAGAAAUGACCCCACCAAACAGGAGCCAGUGAGACCAUCGGAUAACACCAGCCCCUCCACAAACUCCUCAGAGGAGGACUAUCGUAACAAACCCAAUGAGAACUCCUAUUGUUACCAGCUUCUCCAGGAGCUAGACAAGCAACGCAAAAGUGGCAUCCUCUGCGAUGUCAACAUAAUUGUCUCUGGCCAGGUGUUCCGCGCACACAAGAACAUUCUGGUUGCAGGCAGCCGAUACUUUAAAACCCUCUACUGUCUGACCAAGACCGAGGCCCAGGACCAGGCCACAGUCACACACCUGGAUGUUGCUGCAGUCCAAGGCUUCUCGGUAAUCCUCGACUUUCUCUACUCCGGGAAUCUGCUGCUCACAAGCCAAAAUGCCAUUGAGGUGAUGUCGGUUGCAAGUUACCUCCAGAUGACAGAAGUUGUACAUUCAUGUAGAGCUUUUAUUAAGGAUGCGUUGAAUAUCAGCAUCAAGCAGGAGGCUCCUGACUCAGUAGUGGUGGACUACAACAAGAGGCAAAUGGUGGCCAAAGAAGGACAAAGAGGAGUGGACCGGAAACCAAGCAACUUCUGGGCCACGAGCAUCCUGUCAAAGCUGUCGAUCAAGGCCAGCACCAACCAAGCAAAGGAAGCUAUGGAAGAUGAUGAUGAAGGUGGCAGGGUGAAGGAGGAGACCAGUGACAUAGAGGUGACGAUGGCCGGGGGCGAGGGCUGUGCCCUGUUGACCCCGGGAGCCUCUGGGAGCUGGAGCCAUCACAACGACAAUUCGUCAGAUUCAGCAGAGACCAAUGAAACUCGAGCAGCAAGCGGCCAGGCGCAGGUAUUCGUCUGGAACGAGCCAGCCACGGGUGGAGCCGCAGCAGCACCGGCGGUAAUAAAGAGAGACGUGUCAGAUUCUGCAGCUGGAAGCGGACGGAGGAAAAAGCAGACCACCACACGGCGAUUUGUGUACAACUUCCCACCAGAACCAGAAGAGGGUUUUGAUGAGGGAAUGUUCAUCCAGCCCUCUGCCUCCUACCCCAGAGAGGAUUUCUCCACACUCUCUGAAAAUGCUGAGCUGGCCAAUCAGAUCCAGUAUAGCAUCAUCCAAGACUUACAGCAAGGGGAGUCCUGGGAGAAUGGUGAGUCCUCGCAUCUAGUCCUCAAUAAGCUCAAGUGCCCCCACUGUAACUACAUCGCCAAGCACCGGCGCACGCUCAAGAGGCACCUGAUCAUCCACUCGGGCGUGCGCUCAUUCAGCUGCGACAUCUGCGGCAAGCUGUUCACUCGCCGCGAGCACGUAAAAAGACAUUCCCUGGUGCACAAGAAGGACAAAAAGUACAAGUGCAUGGUGUGCAAGAAGAUCUUCAUGCUGGCGGCCAGUGUCGGCAUUCGCCACGGCUCACGACGCUACGGCGUGUGCGCAGACUGCGCUGACUCGCACCAGGCCACUCAGGAAGGCCUGGAGGCCAUGGAGGGCAUGGAGUUCCCCCGGGACGAGGACUUCGAAGGGGAGGAGGGGGAAGACCUGGAGGGGGAGGAACCUACUGAUAACGACCAAUCAAAUUGGGGCGAGGGCAACGCUGGUGCUGCCCUGGAGGAGGACUAGAGUUUUAGCAAGCUUGAUAAACAAACGAGAAAAAAAAGUUGAUGUUUAAUAUAUAUGUAUACAAAAACUAGCUGGUAAACAAUCAACUCCAAAGUGCUAUCAAACCUUGAGGUUACUUAAUUGUGCAAGUAUAUGACAAAGAGAUGGAUUUAAAAAGCUUUGGUAGAUGUUGAACUCCAAGAUGUACAGAUAUUAUUGUUUAAAUGUGUCCAAUUCUGGGCCCAGCGCCCACAAGAGAAAGAAUCUAACGAAAAAUUAUAUGAUGAAUCAGGUUUUUGGUGAUGUUUUUUUUUUUUUUUUUUUUCCUGGAGAAUUGGGUAGGGGGCUGAUGUAGUUUUUGAGUUGGGGUUGGCCAAUCAUCUAAAAGAAAAAAAGAAAAUGUUAAUUAUUUAAUUUAUGAAGAGAGGUUAUUAUGGUCUUAUCAAAUGCUAUAAUUUGUAUUUGUUGUUUUUUGUCUUCAGGCAGAGGCGUAGUCAUGUCCGUCUGCUCAGUCUGAAAGUAUAUUGCUUGGUGCUUGUAGAAGUACACAGAAGACAGCAUUAUCGCUGACAGGAAGAGUUUAAACUUGCUCCUUAGAACUUGUGUAGAUGCGCUAAAUAAUAUUAUAUUAUUCUCUUCUAUUUUUUUUCUUUCCCUGCACUAAUCUUGGAACCAAAAAAUCUGUUUUGUGACUCUAAGGUAUCUCAGCCAUAUUUAUGAUUAAUUUAAGAGGGCUGUGAUAUUGUGCCAAACAGACCGCACACCAAGAUUUAGCAGGAGACAAAAAAACUACUGAAUACGCUUAAACAAAGACAGUGUGAGGGUUUCUUUUUAAGCAGGAAAAAAGAUGAAAAAAAAAAAAAGUACAAGGGGAAAUGUUAUCGCUAGCUUUAUACAAAUCACGGCGUCACAGUAACACUUUAUUAUUAAACAAAAAGCAUUUGACUUUCACUUAAAGCUUGAAUUUUUUGCCAAAUGAUUAACCGUUUGGUGCUGUAAUGCUUGUUGCAGAAUACUGGACCUACAGGCUAUAUAUGAUGAUUAUAAUCAUAAGGCUUAAAACUGACUCAGUUAUAUGUAAUGUAAUCAGCUUAAACUAUAGAACACUGUUGUGCUACAGCGACUAUCAGGUAUGCUUUGCCAUUGUUUGUUUUUAAGCUUAUUUUAUUUAAUACACACACACACACACACCAUUUUGUUGAACUACCGGCAGUAAUUGUCAUUGAUGUUUUGCGGACCUAUGUGGACACCCAUACCUGUAUGUUUGUAUUUGGUACUGAGUUCGAAGAGAAAAUACAGUCUAUAUAUUUUGAAUCACUUGAACGUUGGCAGCAGAGGGGGAGGAAUGUGUGCAGAAAAUGUUUGCAGUCUGAAAGAACUCCAUUUUUCAUGUGUAAAAGCUAAACAAAAUGUUAGCCAUUUAAUUUGAUGUAAGUUUUUUUUUUUUUUUUAAUAGGUCUGCCAGGUAGGAAAAACACUUUGUUCCAUAAAAAGUGAAGCUCUAUGGCGCCUCAUAGACAUGCACUUACUUUUGCGUUCAUGAAAAUAAUUUUCUUUUUAUGUUUCUUUGCUUCCCCAAAAGCGGGUCUGAAUGGAACGAUAUAAAAAUUGUUGUGUCUUUUCUUCCAAUGCGCAACUUUUUUUAUUAGACAUUUUGUUUUUGUUAUUUAAUUCAUAUAUAUAUAUAUAUAUAUAUAUAUAUAUAUAUAUAUAUAUAUAAAUUCCAAAAUGCAAUCAAGACUGUUAAUUUCUAUUUGUCCAACCAAAAUUGUUUGUUUUUAAUUAUUGUUGAGCUAUAAUGUAUGAGAAAAAGCCAGGUGAAAACUUGCAUAGUGUAGAAAAUCCUUUUGCUCGUGUCUGUAAUUGUUGAGAUUUUUAAAUGUUUUUAUGCUACAGAAUCAUUCACUUUAACUAGAUACAUGUUGGUGUUUUUUUGUUUAAUUUUGUUCUUUUACACAGAUGUUUUUCCUUUUUCUCCUACUUUUUUUUUGUUAUUUCAUUAAGCACAUAUUUUAUAAGAAGAAACACGGAUUGUUUGCGGGUUAAAACAUGGAACAGCAGUAUCUGUUCAUAUGCAGUGGAAUAAUCUCCAGUUGUGUACUGAAAGUGCUAAUGAUACAGAAGAUGUGGAACUUCCCUUUAUUCGCAGUGGAAGAUGUAUUUUAAUCCUAAAGACCUUCAUCCUCUUUGUGUCACUUUUACCUUCAAAUCACUGUGGGAGGGGUUAUAAUAUAGAUAUAUAAAUAAAUCUAUAAAUAUAUAUAUAUAUGUUGAGACUAUAUGACUAUAAGAGAUAUAUAUAUAUAUAUAUAUAUAUAUAUGACUAGUGGAAUCCUUUGGCGGUCAGCUCCAAACCUCCUGCCGUCGAGGUUCAUUUCUGUGUCCUUUAACCUAUCGCUCUCUUUCUCUCUGUUCACACUGUGUGCUUGUUCAUCACAACCAUCUUUUUGUCUUUGUUCUUUUUGAUACUAUUUACCAUCCUACUGAUUUUACUGUAAUGAAUGAAACUCAAAAACUACGAUGUAUCGUUUUAGAUUUUAUGCUGUAUUUGUUAUACGGACAAAUGAGAAAAUAAAAAAACAAAAAACAAAGCAAAAACACUACAGAUGUAAAAGCAGAGGUUUUUUUGUUCCCCAGCUGUAUUUUUUUACGCUGUUGCAAAAAAGGUUGUAUUUUUCAAUUUCUCUCUCUUUAACAGUGAUGCAAAACUCGGGCACAUGCCUCGGUGCCCUCCGAACACAAAGCAGAUUCAGGUUACUCUUUUUACGUUUUUAUCAAGGGUUUUCAAAGAUGGAACUACAUUCUCCUUUUUCUGUCUGAAUUGUACUACUGUUCCUCUAUACUACAUUUUAAGAAUAAAAGUUUGAUAUUGCUUUAA